CUUUCAUUUUUAGUGAAAUUGUACAUAUCUGUAUAGAUGUCAAAUGCUGUUUUUAGUUUUCAGACAGUAUUGUAAACUAAAUUAGCAAUAUUGUGGUCAGUAACGGCAACUAAUAUAUUAAUAGUCGAAUCAGAAUGUUAAUUAUUUAUCAUAUUAGUUAUUAUUGGUAUUGUCGCCAAUUUUGUUCUUAACUCAAAAGUCAAACACACAGAUUUACAAACACACUGCGAUUGGCUUCUUCAGAAUAAUUACAAAGAAUCUGAUUAAAAGAGCAAAUCGUUCAUCACUAGUUUUUGUUUUGUUGAAGGCAGACAAAAAAACCGCUCUGGGUUGAGGAUGUGCUUUCUGGGAAGUGGGCGGAAUUUGCGGUGUGAAUAGGCAGGUGUUGAGAAACUUCCAAACAGUAUGUACUGCGACUGCUAACAUUACAGCUCGUGUGCUUUAUGUAAUGUCCAACGGUUUUGUUCACUGAUAUUCCAGAGUUAUUGAAAUUAAACAUUUCACACGACAAAAUUUGCUGAUCAGCCUACAGAUUUGUGUGCUGACUGGGGAUAUGGAAUGGCUGCAUCUCUUUUGUGUUAGGCACAAGAAUGAUGCCUUCAUCGCAGUGCUUACAAUAUAGGUAUAUUUCACCAUUUGCCCACUACAGUUUACAAUCCCUCAACUUUCCAGAAGAGAACGACGAAACUAUGGAGAAAAUUGUUACUGAGGACUCCAUCUGUCACUCAGACUCCACCGAUUCCCAGCUCUCUCUCGCUGACUGUUGUUUGUCUGGAAAUGAGUCGUCUUUGAGUUCACAGGCUGACUUCACGGAUAUCUGCAGAGACAGAAAGACCAGCUACAGAUCCACGCAGACCAGCUACAGCCCUUACCAGCCCCCGCUAGGUCUGCCUUCCGGAUACAAUCCCCAGACGCCCUUUCCUAGUCAGACGGAAGCAUGUCUGAGUACACUAGAGCCGCACAACAUAGACCUGCUCCGCUCCAGUUCCGUAGGCAGCAGUUCGGUGGAAUACCCUAGUGGCAACAUGCCCUCUUGCUUAGUGUCUGGAAAUUACUGCAGUUAUUCUGGUGAUUCCAGCUACUCUUGCUCUCCAGACAGGCACAGUCUGGGAGAAGGAAGUCUAGAACAGCCGCGUUCACUGCACUCUAUCCCAACUGCAUUUGCGCAACACAGCUGCUGCAUGCCCCCGCAUCCCUGCGGGUCCCGCGGGUCCCGCGGGUCCCGCUGGCCGCCAUGCUGUAGUCAGUAUCCUGUGGAUGUGUAUCAAAUGGAUCAGGGCUCUCAUUACAGGCCAUAUUACCACAUGCCCUGUUGGCCUUCACGUCCUGACAACAGCAGACAAUCAGCCUUAGAGUUCACUCAUAGUGGCCACACCUCUCCUCACCCUCGAGCUAAACUAACCCCAAGCACAGCCCCUCUAUCCCUGGAGCAAAGGAAGGUGUUUGUUACUUACGAAGCAGACAGUGAAAAACAUGUCAAAGAGAUCAUCAACUUUGUCGCCCUACUGAGACACAACGGCUUCUACACUCACAUUGACAUGUUUGAACAACAGUUCAAAAGCAUAAGCAAGAUUGACUUCAUGGAGAGAUACAUCAGCGAAAAAGACUAUCUGAUCAUCAUAGUCAUUAGUCCGAAGUACCACGAGAUUGUGACCAAUGCUUCGUUUUGCAUGGAAAACGAUGAAACGCUCAACACCGUCUACAUACACAAACAGUUACAAAACGAGUUCAUUCAAAACGGUGCCAGGAAUUACAGAUUCAUCCCCAUCUUGUUUCCUGGUGCCAGGAAGUGCCACGUUCCUUCAUGGCUUCAAAGCACACAAAUCUUCACCUGGCCCAGAGACCGUGAUGACAUUCUUCGUCGACUCAUGCGUGUUGAGAAGUACAACCCUCCACCCAUAGGAGAGCUGCCCACCAUUGUCUCCAUCCCCAUAUAGUUGGUUAGAUUUGCUUUUUGUAUGUAGACCCAUAAUAUGUCAGGCAUGGUAUUUGUUUUGUUUGUCCCUCUGAGCUACUAGAUGGGUGUUCAGUAUGUUAAAAUCCCUAAAGCCAUUGUUAGUUGAUGUAAUCCUUGUAGACAACUCAUGUCUUAAUUAAUAUUUCACCACAUGUGGUUAAUGAGUAAGUCAGAAUGUGUCCCGACAAAUAUAGAAGAACUGCAAAUGUAGUUACAGUUGAAGUCAAAAGUUUACAUACACCUUGCAGAAUCUGCAAAACAUUAACUGCUUUACCAAAAUAAGAAGGAUCAUACAAAAUGCAUGUUAUUUUUUUUUUUUUAGUACUGACCUUCAGCAUUUCAUUGUGUUCAGAUCCAACUUUUCAGGACAACGGAGGGACUCAUAUGUAAUUAUUACAGAAGGUUCAAACACUCACUGAUGCAUCAGAAGGAAACAAUGCAUUAAGUGGGGUGAAAACUUUUUUAAUUUGAAGAUCAGGAUAAAUGUAACUUAUUUUGUUUUCUGGGAAACAUGUAAGUGUCUUCUGUAGCUUCUGAAGGGCAGUACUAAAUGAAAAAAAAUAUGAUACUUAGGCAAAAUUAGAAAAAUGUACAUAUUUUCAUUCUGUUCAAAAGUUUACACCCCCUGUCUCUUAAUGCAUUGUUUUCCCUUCUGGAACAUCAGUGAGCAUUUGAACCUUCUGUAAUACUUAUAUAUGAGUCACUCAGUUGUCCUCAGUGUAAAAAGAUGGAUCUCAAAAUCAUACAGUCAUUAUCGGAAAGGGUUCAAAUAAACAAAAAUGCUGAAAUUUGUGGGACUUGAAGGACUUUUCUGAAGAACAGCAGGCAGUUUAACUGUUCAGGGCAAACAAGGGACUCAUGAACAACUUUAACUAAAACACAGCUGUGGAUCAUUCAGGUAACAACACAGUAUUAAGAAUCAAGCAUAUGUAAACUUGAACGGGGUCAUUUUUAUAAAUUCAACUAUUAUAUUCUCUUGUGGACUAUAUGUAAACACCUUUUAUGUGAAAUAUCUUAUUCAGGUCAGUACUAAAUAGAGAAUAACAUGCAUUUUGUAUGAUCCCUAUUAUUUUGGUAAAAUGAUUAACAUUUUGCAGAUUCUGCAAGGUGUGUGUAAACUUUUUACUUAAAAUGUACAUGAGUUUGAGUGCCAUGAUUUUUGAAGUUAGCUCAGUUUUUUCUUUACUUUGUAUUAAGCAGUGUAGUGAUGUGCUUUCCACAGAAGUUGCUUUUCAAACCUAGCAGCUUUCUGAUGGUCAUUGUCACAAAUCCAUGUAACCAACGUGAACUCAUUGCGAAAUCUGCAUGGGGAAAUCUUUUGCUCAAUGCCAAGUUCCUGAUUUCUAUUAAAAUGACUGGAUUUUUCCACAAACAUUCGACAAACAACGAUAGUGAGCACACUUUUUUUUUAUC